AUGGAGUACAUCCGAGAGAUGAGAAAGAUCUCGUACGACUUGCAGACCAGGGUCCAGAAAGCAAAGUUAAACAUGGAAAAUACCAUCCAGCUGAUGGAGGAGAAUGCAGAUCUGUUUAAGGCUGACAAGUCAUCGCAGAUAUGGCUGGACUACGUGGGAUACGUAGAUGGAAUCGUACUGGACGGACUCUUCAGACCUGUCCACAAAGCUCUGCAGCUGCUGCUCACCAACAUGGCCCCGAUGUACGUCCAGGCCAACGUAGCCCCCUUGUUCGAGGUGCACAUGGAGCGGUGCGAUGGCAGAGUGCGGUGCUGUCCCUCCCUGGAGGUGGGAGAUGACAACAGCUUCUUGGAGCUGGUGGAGAGCCUGCUCCGCGACACCUACGCCUCCGUGGCGUGCGUGCCUCGGCUGCUGGAAGGGAAACUGAGCUACAAGACCACCCUGGAGGAGCAGGCGGAUCUCAGCAGGAUGCGGGAGGAGGUGGUGUCACUGGUGGUCAGUGCCAUGAAGGAAGGCAAGGAGUACACUGCCGGCUUCGAGGAGCAAACCCACCUGUGGCUGGAGGACCCCAGAGAGUUCCUGCAGCACUUUUUCGCCUUGGGCAGUGCUGCCAGCCCUGAGGAGCCUGAGCCGCAGCCAGAGGAGCCCUGGGCUCUACAGGAGGGGUUCCUGUUGCAGAACAUCCACCUGGUGAGCCGGUGGCUGGGCACGCUGGAGAAAAUGGUGGAGCAGUACAGCCUAAACAGCCAUGCUGACUAUCGGGCGUUCAUGAGCGCCGAGCCAGCCCCCAGCCCCAAGGCGCACAUCAUCCCACAGGGACUGCUGGAAAACGCCAUCAAAAUCACCAAUGAGCUGCCGACAGGCAUGUAUGCCAACCUGCACAAAGCCCUCGACCUCUUCACCCAGGACACGUUAGAGAUGUGCAGCAAAGAAAUCGAGUUCAAAUGUGUCUUGUUUGCACCCUGUUACUUCCACGCGGUGGUGGCCGAGCGGCACAAGUUCGGCACUCAAGGCUGGAACAGAUCUUACCCCUUCAACAACAGUGACCUGACCAUAUCGAUUAACGUCCUGUACAACUACUUGGAGACUAACCCCAAGGUACCAUGGGAUGAUCUCCGGUACCUCUUGUACGGGGGGCAUAUCACAGACGACUGGGACCGCCGGCUCUGUCGGACCUACCUGAGUGAAUACAUCCACGCAGAGAUGCUGGAAGGGGAAGUGUAUUUAGCUCCAAGGUUUUUGAUCCCUCCCAACUUGGAUUACAAGGGCUACCAUGUGUACACUGAUGACAACCUGCCGCCGGAGAGCCCCUACUUGUAUGGCCUUCACCCCAAUGCAGAAAUUGGGUUCCUGACUGUCACUCGGACAGUUUUGGAAAUGCAGCCUAAAGAAUCAGACACUGGAGGAGGCUCAGGUGUCUCCCAAGAAGAAAAGGUGAAGUCAGUCCUAGACGAGAUUAUCGAGAGGCUGCCAGAGCCAUUCAAUAUGGUGGAGAUCAUGGUGAAAGCUGUGGACAAGACUCCAUAUGCUGUAGUUGCCUUCCAGGAAUGUGAAAGAAUGAACAUCUUGACCCAUGAAAUCAGGCGCUCUUUGAAAGAGUUAGACGCGGGACUAAAGGGAGAGCUAACAAUUACAUCAGAUAUGGAAGAGCUGGCAAACGCUCUCUUCUACGACAAUGUUCCUGAAUCCUGGACACGUUAUGCCUAUCCCUCUCUUCUUAGCUUAGGAGCCUGGUAUGCAGAUCUGCUCCUUCGGAUCAGGGAACUGGAAGUCUGGACAACAGACUUUGUGCUGCCUGCAACUGUGUGGCUGGCAGGAUUCUUCAAUCUCCAGUCCUUCCUCACUGCUAUCAUGCAGUCCACAGCCAGAAAAAAUGAAUGCCCCCUGGACAAGAUGUGUCUUUCAGUGGAAGUGACCAAGAAAAACCGCGAGGAUAUAACAGCUCCACCCAGAGAAGGCUCCUAUGUGCAUGGAUUAUUCAUGGAAGGCUCUCGAUGGGACAUCCCUUCUGGUGUGAUCGCAGACGCUCGACUGAAGGAGUUGACGUUCCUGAUGCCAGUCAUCUUCAUCAGAGCCAUCCCUGCGGACCACAUGGACACCAAGAACGUAUAUGAAUGUCCUGUCUAUAAGACAUGGAUGCGAGGUCCCACCUACGUCUGGACCUUUAACCUAAAGACAAAAGAAAAAGCCGCUAAGUGGAUCCUUGCCGCUGUUGCUCUGCUCUUACAGAUCUAAACUUUAAUGACUAUGGAAAACAGCAAAUACUUUUACUUA